AUGGCAAUAACCCGCUACGAAACUUCUGAAAAAGAAGAGGUCUAUUACACCGAAGAUGUACAACAUAGCAGCUCAGCUUCAUCUACCGAGGCCAAAAAAGACGCCGGCAUAGUCGAUAUACACGACAUUACAGCUACGAAGUCAUACGAAGGGACUCCAGAAGAACGCGCAUACGUGCGGAAAGUCAACCGUUUUAUUUUUCCCCUAAUGGGUCUGAUUAUUUUCGUACAGUUUUGCGAUAAAGCUUCUUUAAGCGUUGCUCCAAUACUGGGAUUGAACCAAGACCUCGGCUUGACUGGAACAGAAUUCUCUCUUUUGGGAUCCAUGUUCUACUUAGGUCAUCUAGUCUAUCAACUACCGAACCAAUUCAUUCUCCAGCGAGUGCCACUUGCUAAAUAUCUGGGCAUCCUUCUUGUUGUAUGGGGCAUUGUUAUGGGAGCUUCAGGAGCAUGUCAAACGUUCUCUCAAUUAGCAGCAUGUCGAUUCUUAUUGGGUUUUUUUGAAGCUGCUGCUAUGCCAACCUUAUACCUGAUCACUGCUACAUUGUAUAGACGUACUGAACAGCCUAUGCUUUUCGGAUACAUUACCUUGUGCAAUGGUUUGGGUGCUGCCAUCGGUUCUGCAAUCUCAUUCGGUUUCGCACAUAUGAAUCAUGCUCGUGGUAUUGAGAACUGGCGAUGGAAUCACAUUGUCUUCGGUUCACUGACAGUCUUGCUGGGAAUUGUAACUUGGUUUUUAUUGGUGGACAAGCCAGAUCAUCACCUUUUGCGUUUAACUGAAACAGAUCGGUUGGUUGCCAAGGAUCGAACAAAAGACAAUGCGGUCGUCAAGAACAGAGAAUAUAAAUACGACCAAAUUUGGGAAGCAGUCAAAGAGCUUCGCUUCUGGCUAAUUAUGGUUGCCGGUCUUACCAUCAGCUUGCAAAAUGGUGGCAUGCUUGUCUUUAGCACAACCUUUGUUCUGGGUUUGGGCUUCACCGGUGAAGAAUCGCUGCUACUCCAGAUUCCCAGCGGUCUGGCUUCUGCAUUGGGUGUUUUGAUUGCUGUUGUGCUCGCUCAUAAAACAAGACAGAUUAUUUGGAGCUCUAUGUUUAUGCUUGUCAUCGGUAUGAUUGGACUUAUAAUUCUUUGUGCCAUCCCCGAAGGCGAGGUCAAGCUUCUUGGGUUCUAUCUCAGCUGGGCCGGUACUGGAUCAUAUGCUCUUGUAGUGACUUUGAUCGGCAACAAUGUCAAGGGAUAUACGAAAAAGAUUUUCUACAACAGCUGCAUCAUGGUUGCAUAUACAGUCGGCAAUUUCGUUGGACCUUUAAUGAUGGUUGAUCAUCAAGCUCCAAGAUACCUCGGAGGCGUGGGCGGCUUUCUUGGCGGCUUCUUUGUAGCAUUUUGCUGUCUAUUUGGUGUUCGCAUCAUUAGCUCUCGUGUGAACCGUGAGCGUCUUGCAAACAAAACUGGGGAAGAGACAGACGUAUAUUUGGAUCUUACCGAUAAACAAGACAAGAACUUCAUUUCGCGACUUUGAUCCUCGUCGACAGCAAAGAAGUUGAUUACUUUAAUUAUAAACCUUCCUAUAAUGUUAUUAUAUUAAAUAGUUCUGUCAUUUUUACACAUAUUAUUAUGUAGUCUCUACAUACGCUAAUUCUACAUAAAAAAGCC